AUGAAUGUAGGGUCGAUUUUGAAUGAUGAUUCUCCACCAUCUCAGGAUCAAAAUGAUACGCAACAGUUAGUGUCGCCGACUACCAAAAUAGCCCCGACACAACAAUCUGUUCAUCUUGCAAACACGUCACCUCAACCGACACCUUCUUCGACAAGGUCAUCUAUUCAGUCUGUUCAUCAGAGACACAGUAUCACAAAUAUGCUAAAUGACUCAGUACAGGAUAAAACAGGAAAUGCGGGAAAUGAGGAAGACCAGCUGGAAGUACAGGAGCCAUUUCAGCAGCAGCAGCAGCAGCAGCAGAUGAGCCCUAGUGGACAUAUCCAGUUUAAGAAACCAUCUAGUGCAAUGGGUUCACCUAGUUUGAAUGAAAAACCUGCCCCAAUAAGCGCAAAUCGUGGAGCACCCAGCUCAAAACGUAAUAGUAUAGCUAAUAUCAAUAAUGAUACAGACUCAGAUUUGUCCAUGAGCAAAGAGGAAGAAAUAGUGACCAAACGAGGAGAAACAACUACGCUGAAUCAAGAAUCCACUAAAAUCCAACACAACGAGUCCUUGGUAACAGCCGUUAAUGAAAAUAGCAACAAUAACAAUAACAAUAACAACAAUAACAACACCAACAAUAAUAACAAUAAUUAUGAUGCUGACGACGAUGACUUAACCAAGAUACAAAAACUAAAACAGUCACGAAAGCCAAAGCGUUACGAUACACCACCCAUUUGGGCACAAAGAUGGUUUCCUCCGCAUGAACAACAGAAUUGGCAACAGCAACCAGAUGAAGUUGGUGGUGGAAGUGCUAUGACACCGACAACCAAGAUAUCCCUGAAACCGGUAUUCAACCACACUACAACCAGAUAUGUCGAUUUGCAGUGUAGUAUAACCGGAGUCAUGCCACCUAGUUCAGUAACCAGGACAAUAGCUGAGUGGAUUUAUGCCAACUUUGCCAACAUUGAAGAUCAUAACCGCAAAAACGUUGAGCUAGAAUUGAAAUUUGGUAAAAUUAUAGAUAAACGAACGGGGAACCGUUUGAACUUGAAUGUAACCACUGAGUGUAUUUACAAUAAUCCAUCAAAUAUAAAAUUUGACAUGGAAGUUGAAGAAAUUGCAUGGAACGAUGUUCGCAAAUUGUUUGAAGAACUAGAAAGGCAACAUCAGGAUGAAAAACUAAAGGGUCCCCAAAUGGCACUGAAUACGCCUAAACGGAAAUUUAAUAUUUUGGAAUCGGACCAAACAGAUUCAUUUUAUCAGAUUGGUAGUAAAAAUGAACAGUUGCGAAGAGUGCGUGUUUCCAAAGACAAUUUACUCAAACCUGCGCGAUUCACGGCAAUUCAAAAAGAUCGUAUUGGAGACUUGUAUAUCCAUGAUCCCAAGUCGAUGUAUGAUCUCCGACUUUCACUCUCGUUAGAAACUCCUGUACCAGAAGCAAAUAUAGAAUCCAUAAUUACCAAAUAUGCACCACCACAAUUAACUCGCGAGAAAAAGAGAACUUCAUGGACUCAUACGCCAACAAUUUCACGAUUUGACUUGACUAGAGUACUCGUGCCUAAAGAAUUCAAGAAUCAAAAAUCCGGUAAGAAAAUAGUCAACCAUGAAACCAAGUAUGAGAUUGAAAUGGAGGUUGACGCGCUCGAGAUUUUUAGUGCUAUUGAUAAGAUCACUUCAGGCACUGAUAAUUUUCGAUUAGAAGAAUUGGUUGAGAUAUUUUUGAACAAUUCCAGGGUCAUUAACAAUCGAGUCACGAAAUUAGCGGGGUAA